UCGCUGACAUCCUGCUCGAUUACUCUCCCUGUCUGCACACAGCAGCACAGGCAACAUGGCUACUAUGUGAUGAGUAAUCUCUGUCUGGGUCGUUAGUUCAUAGACAUAAACAAAAUAGCGAAACAUACAAGCACACAAGAGCAAUGGGUUUAACGCAAAGCAGCAGUGCACCGGAGGGCGGAUCGGAGGGUUAUCAUGUGCACGGGAUCCAGGAGAGCUCACCUGCAGAGAAAGCUGGUCUGGAGCCCUUUUUUGAUUUCAUCAUAUCGAUUGGCAAUAAUCGCCUUAACCAGGAGAAUGACAUGCUUAAGGACCUCCUCAAGGCUAAUGUGGAGAAACCAGUUAGGAUGGAGGUAUACAGUACAAAGACCCUGAGGGUCCGGGAAUUGGAGGUGGUUCCAAGCAACAUGUGGGGGGGUCAGGGACUUCUGGGAGCCAGCGUCCGCUUCUGCAGUUUUCAAGGAGCUAAUGAAAAUGUUUGGCAUGUUCUAGAUGUGGAGCCAAAUUCACCAGCAGGAUUGGCUGGUCUCACCGAACAUUCAGAUUACAUUGUUGGAGCUGACCAGGUUUUGCAAGAUUCAGAGGACUUUUUCUCCCUAAUUGAAGCCCAUGAGGGGAAGCCAUUGAAGCUGCUAGUGUAUAAUGUUGAAAUGGAUAAAUGCAGAGAGGUGGUUGUCACACCAAAUGGUGCAUGGGGUGGCGAAGGCAGCCUUGGUUGCGGCAUUGGAUAUGGCUACUUGCACAGAAUUCCAGCGCGCCAUGAUAGCCCAAAAUCUGAAACAGUCUUUCCUCAGACGACUUCUGUGGCAUGGACUCCAGAACCAGAAUUGCCUCCAAGCGGGUUCACAGAGUUGUCCCUGAAGGCAGAAUCUGGAGGGUCAGUAAGUGGCUUGGAUCAUGACACCCCACUGCCACCCCCUAUUCAGAGAGUCAUGGAUCCUGGGUUCUCAGAUCAUUCAGAAGUGGCUAUGAUGAAUUCAGAGGCGUAUGACAUGGCCGACCGACUGGACCUUUCAGUUUCUUCCAUUGACAUGACAAACACGUCUCUGGCUGUCCAAGAGGAGGUUGACAUAUCGGGUGUCGAGCAUCUACAACGCAAUGAGGUUUCUCGUGGGAACCUUGAGGAGAAUGUUACUGAGAAAUCGUCUGCUGCAGAUUUUAUCUCCUCGGUUGCAGCAGACCUUUCACCACCACCUUCAGAUAUUUCUUACCCUUCUCUCUCACACUCUCAUUUUCCACAUCUUCCUCUUGAUCAUAAUCUGCCAGUAGACAUGGAGUCUUUGGUGAAUUCUUCAAUCCCAUCUCUGGACUCUUCCAUUCCUCCUAUAGACAUAUCUUCCCUGCUUAUUGACCCUGCCCUUCGUUUUGACCCGACUGCAGAUGAUCCCGUACAACCCAACGAAUCCUCAACUUUUCCCCCAGAAUACGAUGGUGUCAAACAAAGUUUUUCUGAUGAGCCAUUGGCCAGAAGUUUAGGUGAGGGCAGAGUGGAAACUGUUUCUUCUGACCUGCUGUCUUUUGAUUCUCAAAGUGCAGAAAUCAAAGAUGAAGCUGCUUUUCAGUAGCAUCCCUAUCAGGGUCUUCCUUUGCAUCUUGUUUACGCAGCUGCGCAACAAUCAUUGGGCGCGUGUUUUUAAAUGGCUUUGGUACUGCUAAAAUAAGGUUUUGGACUUUGCUGAAACAAAGAUUCUCAUACUGUAGAGUGUCGUUUAUGAAUGUUUGUGCAAUUUAAUUUCCUUUUUAUUUUCCUUUACAUUUGUGGGCAAGUAGUUUGGAUGAUUGUAUAGGCUAUUAGCAUGUGAUAAGGCCAUGUAUUUUAAAUUCUGUAGAUCAUGAUUUAGAACAGUGGUUCUCAAAUUGGGUGCCCCAGUUUAUUAUAAAAUACAUAAAUUUAUCAUAAAUUCUGUGUAAUUAAACCUCAGAAAAAUAAGGCUACUAUCCAACAACACUACAUUGUAUAAUUUAAUAUGUUUUGUUAAUUUCAAAUUUUAAGUUUUGGAAUGUUUUAUGUCAUAAAUUAUCUUUGUUGGGGUAAGAAGGGAUGCACCAUCUGUACACAAGGGGGGUGCACGCCAAAAAAGUUUGAGAACCACUGAUAUAGAAAAUAAUAUUUUAUUGAAGUUGUGAUAAUUUUUAGCCUGAUUAUUUAAGCUUAUUGGUUUUAUAUGUCAUGAAAGGUUAGAAGUAGAAGCCUAAACCCAUUUGUACUAAAUAUUUGUUGUCGUUUUGUUGCUACUACAUAAUUGGAUAUGGGCUGUAUCUAGUGUAGAUUACCAUCUAUUUGUUAAAUUGACCUAUGCUUCACUUAGUAAUCCAAAGAAAGGCUUUUUAAUACACUGUGACAUAGAAUAUAUCCCAUAUCACAGACAAAUAUUGUCUUGACAUUGUUUUUGCUUUGUUACACCAAACAGUUUAUCUUUUAGUAGGACAGCGUUUCUCUUUUUCUGUAUUGUAAGAAUUAUGUUUUCAGCAAAGUACAGGUUUUUAAUAUUGGACAAGGGUUUUUUAUUGGUUUGGUGUUUGUAGUGCAAACCAAGUGUUUUUCUACUGGCUGAUUAUUGAAAGAGUUUUAUGUGAUUUAGCAUCUUUUAUCACAAAUAUUUCUUUUAAAAGUUUGUUACCUGGUAUGUGUGCUUAAUGUUGUGAAAAGUAUUGUUAUAUUUAUGCUUAGCAUUUCGUUUGCUUCCUUAAAAAUUGAUAUAGGUAAAAGAGUAAACAAUGUACUAAACACUAAUGUCACAGUAAUAUAUGCUUUUGAGACAUUGAGUAUUUUGGUUUACAUGUGGUUGGUAAUUUAUUGAUCUAUGCAAAUAUUGUAAAAAUGCCAAUGGAAUGUAUGUGGUAUUAAUAUUGAGUGUAAUAAUUACUGCCAACAGUAGUAUCAUGCCCAAUGUUGCAUUAUUUUUUACUACUACUACUACUACUACUACUAAUUUGGUGAAAGGAAUAGUUAAGCAAAAAAUACCUCAUAGCGUUUUGUCAAAUAUUUUACAGUUUUAGAUGAAUGUAGGAUUAAUACAUAGGUUUAUGUAGGCUAAUUGAAUCCAGCAAAUACAUAAGACAGUUGAUUAUUCGACAAUUAUAUUUUCUUGUUAAAUGAGAAGAAACAAUGUUGUUUUAAAUUGGACUUAAUGCAUAGAAUAUCAAAUGUAUAUUUUUGUAGUUACGAAGUAACUAAGGGUUUCUGGCAAUUUUGAAAUCGAUUAAACACUGGCAAUAAAAGAUUGAAAAUAUC